AUGGCCUCCACGGCCGCAGACUCGCGUGCGGGGCCCGAAGAGGGUCAAGCUCCGGCUACGGGGUCGUCUGCGCCCUCGGAGCCCUCGGAUCCACGCGCGGGUCCUGCAGCUCCCACGGAGGGCGCCGUGGAGGGCUCCCGGCCGGCACCGGCGCCCGAGGCUAGCGGCCAGGCUGGGCGCCCAAAGACAGGUGCACGGACGAGGUCGGGCUCCCGAGGAAGGAAGCGCAGGAAGCGGAGCCCUGUGAAAGACAAGCCAGGCCGACGGCGCCGGGAGCGGGAGCGCGAGCGCGAGCAGCGGAAGGGCCGCGUGCUGGGCUCCGAAGGGCCGGCGCGUGCAGCCGACCAGAUCCUGGUGACGGCGCCGAUCUGCCGCGAGUCCCGAGCAAGGUAUAUGUUCGGAAACUACGACCAGUACUACAAGCAGCGAUUUGACCGCUAUGCCACGGUCGACCCCAGAGUCCAGGGUGUGCUGCUGAAAGCUGGCAACAUCUUCGCUAACAAGGUGGUGCUGGACAUCGGUUGCAACACAGGCUUCAUCACCUUCUUGGUGGCAGCGAUGGGUGCCCGGCAAGUGGAAGGCGUGGACAUCGACGUCACCUGCAUUUCUCGUGCCCUGAGGUACCUUCGCUGGCUCAAGCAGAAGGGCUACAAGACCUUGCCAGAAGAAGAGCAGAUGCACGAUGCGACAGAGGGAAGCACGGCGGAGGCCCCGGCAGAAGCCGCACAGGCCGAGGCCGCGGCCGACGCCACAGCCGAGGCAGAGGCCAAGGCAAAGGCUCCUUCGUGGUACACGAAGCAGUAUCCUGUCAGCUAUGUCCAGAGCCGCGGGCACAUCCCGUACCACGCGAAGCCGCUGGAAGCAGGAGCCUUGCAGAAGGCCCUUUCCAGCGCCAAGGUCUUGGAGAAGGCCGUGCCGGCGAACCCCCCGGCGGCUCCAAGGCCGGGCUUCCCUUACAACAUCGAGUUUCGCUCCGAGAACGUCCUCUACACGCAGGUCGAGGGAAACCGAAACGUGCAAUAUGAUGUAGUUCUGCUCUUCAGACUGACGAAGUGGAUUCACAUCAACUGGGGCGACCUUGGCAUCAAGCGCCUCUUCACCCGCUGCAACGAGUGGCUUCGACUCGGAGGCCUGCUUGUGCUGGAGGUGAAGCAUCUCGCAGGGCAGCCGUAUGCCAAGGAGCAUUGGGAGCGUCUGUCCCCGUAG